CAUGGGCAGAGCCCUGCUACCACAGCAGGAUUCAAGAGAAUUGGAGCUCCGGGCUCAGGGCCCCCCCUGGAGAGCAGGGGGUCCUGCCACACUGAGGGUCCUGAUCCUCGCCCUGCUCUGGAGGGAGUCCCUGUCCCAGCUGCCCGGAUUUACCCUGACGGUGCCACCAUCAGUGUCAGUGCAGGAAGGUCUCUGCAUUCUGGUCCCCUGCACGUUCAUGUACCCAGCAUCCUAUGACACUAAGAAUUCCCAGUCCCGGCUCUACAGAUACUGGUACAAGGAUCAGGCCAUUGGGGGCUAUGAUCCGCCCGUGGCCAGCAGUGACCCCAGCCGGGGGGUGUCGCAGGAGACCCAGGGCUGGUUCCGGCUGGCGGAAAAUCCAGCGCACGGCGACUGCUCCCUGCAAAUCAGCGACGCCCGAUGGACGGAUGCGGGGAGAUAUUUCCUUAGAGUCCAGGGAGACUUUAGCUACAGUUACCGCUCCAGUAUAGACGGCACUGACCUUGUGCUCACGAUCUCCGUGACACGCCUGACGGAGGAGCCAGAGAUCCAGAUCUCACCGGCACGGGGGCUGCCAGGGACGCUGCUGGCUGGGGAGCUGGUGACUGUGACCUGCACGGCCCCUGGGCGCUGCUCCGGGACCCCUCCCCGAGUCACCUGGAUGGGGCCGUUCAAUGACACAGCCCGGAACAUCUCAACCCAGCUGGCGAACAGCACCUGGGCCCACAGCUCCGCGCUCCGUUUCACGCCCAGCCUGGGGGACCACGGCAAAGAGCUCGUCUGCAACGUCACGUACAGCUCAGCACAGGGACCUUCCACCCGCAGAACCAUCCAGCUCCGUGUGGGCUCUCCCACAGGUGGCCUCACUUGGGUGUUUAUCGAAAUCAGCUGCAAACUCGUCUUCGUGGCAACUGGAUUCUUCCUGGCCUAUUACCUCACCCUGCUCUAUUACAGACGGACACCCUGCUGCUGUCAUGGAAGCAGAAGGAAGAACAGGCCGGGGGACAGGGAAUCCACUGUGCCCGAGUCCGGUGUGUAGAUCGGGAUGUUCCUCAGCCACCGAAGAGCUGACAAGGAACUGGAAUCUCAGAGGACUUAGGAAACAGAGAAUGAGACAUCAGCUGGGGGAACUGCCACCUUGGGAGAGGCCAACAGGCCUAUCUAGUCUGAUAUCCUGCCCCCUCAGACCCAUGCAUGUGGGAAGCACAAGGAAGCUGCUUGUAAUGUUUAUAUGACCAGUAGAUGAUCUGUUUGUUGCCUUGAUGAUUAUGACUUUGUUUGCUCUGUGAUGACCGCCAGGCACCCAGAUACCCCAGUGACAAACACAAUUUGAGACCCUCUAGAGAACAGAGCAGACAAGCUGAUGCUAGUUACUGAUCCCUGCAAGCCAACGCCCAACCCAGCUACUCUAACGGCCGCCCCCAGGCAGCGCGGGGAGAAAGUUUCACCGACAAACUUUUUUUUGGGUGCAAAAUGCAAGUUCGGCAACACCAAACUUUGUGUAAAUCUGGGAAGAUUUUGUCAAUUUGUCUGUUUUGGGGAGAAAACCUCCCAAAAUUCCCCGAAAUUGAAAGAUUUCAUUUAGGCAUUUUCAAAAAAAAAUGUUUCACUUUCUCAAUUCAAACACACUGUAUGGUUUGAAAUUUUCUGUAAUUUUACUUUGUAGUUAAAAAACGUCUAAAAUGCUGGAAAUCGAAACAAAGUGUUUCAUCCUCAAACCAAAUCUAUUUCUGACCUUCUGAUUCGCAGAAAAUUUUGACCAAUUUCCAUUUUUGGUUUUACAUGAAAAGAUUUUUUC